UUGCUUUCUGUCUGUAUACGCUUUUCGUUGCCAGUGAGCAGCAGACACACGCGUUCACGGUUCUUCUUUCGCGAGUGAUUGAACUGCGCGACGGCGGGUGGAUAAUUUUAGAGGUUUUGGGCUGAGAAGCACUGUGUGAAAAUUUCCACCGAUAGAUUAUCCUCUAUCUGGUGGUGUGUUUAGUGUGUGAUUACGAACGACUCCUGAUCGGUGAUUCGAGCGAAAUGUUGCGAUUGCCAUCGCUAAUGGCCAAGAGCGCCCUGUCCGCGGCUCGCGGACUGUCGGCCGCCACGUCAACGCAGCGCGGAUUGCAUUUCACCGUCGGCCAGAACAAUGCCAAAACGAACCCGGGUGCCAUCUCGAAGGAAUACCCGGUGGUAGAUCACACGUACGAUGCCGUGGUGGUCGGUGCCGGCGGGGCCGGUCUCCGUGCCGCCUUCGGUCUGGUGGCCGAAGGCUUCAAAACGGCCGUCAUUACGAAACUGUUCCCAACCCGGUCGCACACCGUAGCGGCCCAGGGUGGAAUCAACGCAGCUCUGGGGAACAUGGAAGAGGACGACUGGAAGUGGCACAUGUACGAUACGGUGAAAGGGUCGGAUUGGCUGGGAGAUCAAGACGCCAUCCACUACAUGACCCGCGAAGCCCCGAAGGCCGUCAUCGAGCUGGAGAACUACGGUAUGCCGUUUUCGCGUACCCCUGACGGUAAAAUCUACCAGCGGGCGUUCGGUGGACAGAGCUUGAAGUACGGAAAAGGUGGCCAGGCUCAUCGUUGCUGCUGCGUGGCCGAUCGAACUGGACAUUCUCUGUUGCAUACGUUGUAUGGCCAAUCGUUGAGCUACGAUUGCAACUACUUCAUCGAAUACUUUGCCCUGGAUUUGCUGAUGGAAAACGGACAUUGCGUCGGAGUGAUUGCUCUGAACUUGGAAGACGGUAGUAUCCACCGUUUCCGAUCCAAGAACACCGUGCUGGCCACUGGAGGAUAUGGUCGUGCCUACUUCUCGUGUACCUCGGCUCACACCUGUACCGGCGAUGGAACUGCUAUGGUUGCUCGCGCUGGACUGCCUUCGGAGGAUUUGGAAUUUGUUCAGUUCCAUCCGACUGGAAUCUACGGCGCUGGUUGCCUCAUCACUGAAGGUUGCCGCGGUGAAGGUGGUUACUUGAUCAACUCCCAAGGCGAACGAUUCAUGGAACGUUAUGCCCCAGUGGCCAAGGAUUUGGCAUCCCGUGAUGUCGUGUCCCGUUCGAUGACCAUCGAAAUCCGUGAAGGUCGCGGCUGUGGCCCUGAAAAGGACCAUGUCUACCUCCAGCUGCACCAUCUGCCCCCAGAGCAGCUGGCCCAGCGUCUGCCUGGUAUCUCCGAAACUGCUAUGAUCUUUGCUGGAGUCGAUGUGACCCGUGAACCGAUUCCUGUCCUACCAACUGUGCAUUACAAUAUGGGCGGAGUCCCCACCAACUAUAAGGGCCAAGUUCUGACCGUUGACUCCAGCGGUAACGAUCACGUUGUUCCCGGAUUGUAUGCUUGCGGAGAAUCUGCAUGCUCGUCGGUUCAUGGCGCUAACAGACUGGGUGCUAACUCCCUGCUGGAUUUGGUUGUCUUUGGUCGUGCCUGUGCCAAGACCAUCGCUGCGGAGAAUCGUCCCGGAGAAAAGAUUGCCGACAUCAAGCCGAACGCCGGUGAAGCAUCGGUUGCCAACUUGGAUUGGGUUCGCAAUGCCAACGGAGCUGUUCCUACCUCGACCCUGCGACUGAACAUGCAGAAGACCAUGCAGACCCAUGCUGCGGUGUUCCGCGAGGAGAAGACACUGCAGGAGGGUGUCCGCAAGAUGGCCGACAUCUACAAGACCAUCAAGGACGUUAAGGUUUCGGACCGGUCGCUGGUGUGGAACUCGGAUCUGGUGGAAACGUUGGAACUGCAGAACCUGUUGCUGAACGCCAACAUGACCAUCACGGCCGCUGAGAACCGAAAGGAAUCGCGUGGUGCUCAUGCCCGCGAGGAUUACAAGCACCGCGUGGACGAAUACGACUACAGCAAACCCCUGGAAGGCCAGCAGAAGAAGCCAGUUGAAGAGCACUGGCGCAAACACACGCUGACCUGGAUCGAUCCGGAGACGGGUGCCGUCAAAAUUGACUACCGACCGGUCAUUGAUCAGACCCUGAGCGAGGAAUGCAACACCGUGCCACCGGCCAUCCGUUCGUACUAAGAGCAAUGCCGUUUCGAAUGUUUCCCCACAAAGCAACAACACCAUCAACACACUGCAUCACAGCGUCAGGCUAUCUGUACGGAAACGAUUCGUAUUUCGUCUUGUGGCAUGAACAGGCGGAGGAACAUACGUGCCACGCGUGAAACGGAGAAAGUGACUAAGCAAAAAGAAGCAAAGCUUACGCGACAGAGUAUUAUUUGUGAAGAUGUGAGUAACUAGGCGAAAAUAAUCUAGAAAUAGGUAUUCAGCUAGCGCCAAUCAAUCACAUGGUUUUGCUGCAAUCAGCCGUCACGCCACUUUGCCAUGAAACGGAGAUCCAGAAACUUCAUGAUAGAACCCUAAGAACAUCUUUAUCUCAUUAGCCGGAAACUGUCUCAUCGUCGUUACAAUCAACAAAAGGUCACACCCAUGGACAUCGUCGAACAUUUGCAAAUUAAGAGCGCCUUGGCAGUUUACAUCGCAAGCCCCCACCAAGGAGCAACAAGGAGGCACGCCGAUCCAGUGAAGUCUAAAUUGUGCUUAACUUAUUUUAGGACCUAUUUAACAAAAAAAAAAAAACGUGCUGGUGGACAUGGUUAACUCUUCGGAUUAUUAUUUAUUGUUAAUAAGCGUUUCACGGAAAGAAACCAUCAACGUACUUCUACGAAGCAAAGCAAAUAAAAUUUAGAUUCGUAAACCUAAACUCUUUAAA